CUCGGUUUCCUGUUUGGAUCCGGACAACCUUGAAUUUUCCCACCGCGGGACACGAGCGGUUCUGGUUUAAACUUCGUGGGUCUCGUGUCGCGACAGGUUCUAACGGAGUAAAUCCACGUUAGCCAUGUAAAACCCUGAUAGAAGCAGCGGAAGACCGGACGCAAGAAAAGAACAUUAUCUGUUUCAUCACUGCUCAGGAAUCUUCCUGAAUCUGCUUUACUUUGGAAAUGUCUCUCCCAAAGAUGACACGCCUCCUCUCGCGGCGGCCGCUGGUCUCCAUCCAGCAGCAGCAGCUCCCUCCCUCCACCCUUGUACCCGGCAGAACUCUGAUCCAGAGCGAGUACAGACGACCCGGUAAGCCCAGGGACAACGAGCCGCCGUGGCAGAAGAUCAAGUUCGACCUUUCAAAAGGUUUGGAGGGAGUAAAGAAGCACUUCACGCUCCUGAAGAACGAGUUGACGGGCCGCUGGGUGGGCCCGGAGGGUAAGCCCAUCAUUGAGCACAUGCUUGAGCAGAACCGAGUGGUGUGGGAAUUCAGAGGCCCGGAGAGCCUGCAGCAGUGGACCCUGUCCUCUGACCGAGAGAUCGGAGGCCAAAGUGAGAUCUACAUGGAGCUGGGGAGGAACAGCACCUCCUGCCUCCUGUACGGGACUCUGUGUUCGACGCCCCCGAGAGACGGAGAGACCCGCUACAGCGGCUACUGCACGGCGCGCUCCAAACAGCCGCUGGCGUCGUUCGACAGGAAAAAACACCACGACUGGUCCAGCUUCAACUGCCUGCACCUGCGGAUCCGCGGCGACGGACGCCCGUGGAUGGUCAACAUCGCCACGGAGACGUACUUCUCUCACCAGAAAGACGACAUCUACAACUACUUCAUGUACACCAGGGGGGGGCCCUACUGGCAAGACGUCAAGAUACCGUUCUCCAAGUUCUUCCUCACACAUCGAGGCAGAAUCCAGGACGACCAGCAUCCUCUCUGGCUGGAUAAGAUCAACACCAUCGGGUUUACGCUGGGAGACAACGCAGACGGGCCCUUCCAGCUGGAGAUCGACUUCAUCGGCGUCUGCAAAGACUACGCUCACACCGAGGAGUUCGCCUACGAGAAGUACAAGAGGAACCCCGAAGUUUGACCGCCGCUCACAGCACGGCGAGCGCUUCCACGCGUUUCCUUUUCACCCCCCCAAGCUGCUUUCAUCUGUCAGGAACUGUUCAAUAAAGUGACAGUUUCCGGGGAAAA